AUGAAGAAAGAUAAUAAGACAUUUUUUUACAGUGGAACCGACGGUGGAAAACACGAGAAUGGGGUGGGAUUUAUGGUUAAUGAGAAAGUGCUUCAUAACAUAAAGACUUUCAUACCUGUGGAUGAUCGGAUAUGCUACAUUAAGAUAGCCGGGAGGCUAUUUGAUCUGGUUAUAAUCAAUUGUUACGCUCCUACGGAGGACAAAGAUGACGAAACUAAGGACAAGUUCUAUGAUGAACUAGAGAGAGUGGUGAACAGCCUACCCACACACUGUAUAAAAAUGAUAGUAGGUGAUCUGAAUGCUAAAGUGGGCAGAGAGACCAUGUACAGGCCCACAACUGAGCCGGACAGUCUGCAUGAGACAAGCAAUGAUAAUGGGACCAGGCUAAUACACUUUGCUACGUCAAAAGAGUUCACAAUAAGUAGCACGUACUUCCCGAGAAAGGAUAUAUAUAAAUCCACAUGGAUAUCGCCGAAUGGUCGAGUGCAUAAUCAGAUCGAUCAUAUAGUGAUAAACAAAAGGCACGCCAGCAGUAUCAGAAAGGUGAGAACUUACAGAGGAGCGGAUGCCGACUCGGACCAUUACCUACUUUACCAUUACCUAUUUGCACAAUUCAAUCUCAGACUGUCUACAAAAUGGAAUAUGGUGAAAAAAAUACCUAGAGAAAAAUACAACUUACAGAGAUUAGCCGACCCCGAAGCUCUAGAGAGAUUUGUUGGAAAAGUGCAUGGCAAUAUACAAGGCAACCAACCAGGCAGAGAAAGUGAAGCACAAACUGUCAACUCCGGUUGGAGUCAAUUAAAAGAGGCAGUGAUCAUUAGUGCAAGUGAAACUCUGAGUAUUGGAAAAAGAAUGAGGCAGAAGAGCUGGUUCAAUCAAGUAUGCAAAGAAGCAAUAGAUAAAAGAAAUGAGCUUAGAAAGACGGCCCUUCAGAAUCCAUCAAUUGAUGCUACAGAUAAAUACAAGGAACAAAGAAAGACUACUAACAAGAUUUUAAGAAGAGAAAAGCGUCAAUUUAAAAAGGAAAGGAUCGAAAAAUUAGAGAUUAACAGGUACAAAACAAAAAUUUUCUUCAACAUAGCUGGUAACAUCAAAGCGGGCUCUAAGCCGCAAACAAAAAUCUUGACAAAUAAAAACGGAACUCUAAUCACUGACGGAAAACAAAUAGUUAAUGAAUUUAAGGAUUUCUUCGAAAAGCUACUAAACAGACCGCUUCACAACACGGAAAAUGAAGAAGCAGAAUUCCACACUGUAGAACCGGAAAUUGAGGAACCCUCUCAUGAGAAAAUUGAUUGGUCAGUAGACGGCCUUAAAAAUAAUAAAGCACCAGGCAAAGAUGGUGUAGUAGCAGAACUGUUAAAGAAAGGAGGGACAGCGUUAAGAAGAAAACUAACAGAAUUUAUUAAAGAAAUAUGGAGAACAGAAACGAUACCAGAUGAAUGGAACACUGCUAUUAUUUGUCCUAUAUUUAAAAAAGGAAACCCAGCAGAAACAGAAAACUAUAGAGAAUGA